GCGGAAGAGGUGCGACCCGCGCUGGGCCGGGCCGCGCUCCGCGGCUUCCCAAUGCGCGGGCAGUAGAGCACGGGCCGCCCUUCGCCUUAGGCGGUCGCACUCGCUUCUUUUUCUCCCUUUUUUACAGUCUAUUUUUGUACGCUUUGCUAUUAAAAAACAUGGUGCUGGGAAAGGUGAAGAGUUUGACAAUAAGCUUUGACUGUCUGAAUGACAGCAAUGUCCCCGUGUACUCCAGUGGGGAUACAGUCUCAGGAAGGGUCAGUUUAGAAGUGACCGGGGAAAUCCGAGUGAAAUCGCUCAAAAUCCAUGCAAGGGGACACGCGAAGGUUCGCUGGACCGAAUCGCGGAAUGCUGGAUCCAACACUGCCUACACCCAGAACUACACGGAGGAAGUGGAGUAUUUUAACCAUAAGGACGUCCUGGUCGGCCACGAGAGAGAUGAUGACAAUUCAGAAGAAGGCCUUCACACCAUCCAUUCAGGAAGGCACGAAUAUGCAUUCAGCUUCGAGCUUCCACAGACACCACUUGCUACCUCAUUCGAAGGCAGACAUGGCAGUGUGCGCUAUUGGGUGAAAGCCGAAUUGCAUAGGCCUUGGUUUCUACCAGUAAAAUUAAAGAAGGAAUUUACAGUCUUUGAACAUAUAGAUAUCAACACUCCUUCAUUACUGUCACCCCAAGCAGGCACAAAAGAAAAGACUCUCUGUUGUUGGUUUUGUACCUCAGGCCCAAUAUCCUUAAGUGCCAAAAUUGAAAGGAAGGGCUACACACCAGGUGAAUCGAUUCAGAUCUUUGCUGAGAUUGAGAACUGCUCUUCCCGUGUGGUGGUGCCAAAGGCAGCCAUUUACCAAACACAGGCAUUUUAUGCCAAAGGGAAAAUGAAGGAAGUCAAACAGCUUGUUUCUAACCUUCGUGGGGAAUCCUUGUCGUCUGGCAAAACGGAAACCUGGAAUGGCAAACAAUUGAAAAUUCCACCUGUUUCCCCUUCAAUCCUUGACUGUAGUAUAAUUCGUGUGGAGUACUCACUGAUGGUAUAUGUUGAUAUUCCAGGCGCCAUGGAUUUAUUUCUUAACUUACCACUGGUCAUUGGUACCAUUCCUCUACAUCCGUUUGGCAGCAGAACAUCGAGUGUGAGCAGCCAAUGUAGCAUGAACAUGAAUUGGCUUGGUCUGACACUUCCUGAAAGACCAGAAGCACCUCCUAGCUAUGCAGAAGUGGUCACGGAGGAACAGAGGCAGUCCAGCCUUGCACCCGUAGGUGUUUGUGAUGACUUUGAGAGAGCGCUUCCAGGACCAUUGUUUGCAUAUAUCCAGGAGUUCCGUUUUCUUCCUCCACCCCUCUAUUCAGAAAUUGAUCCAAAUCCAGAUCAGCCCACAAAUGACAGACCAUCCUGCCCCUCUCGUUGAAGGAAUCCAUGAAGAGCUGACUUGACUUGGGUUUUGAAUCGUACCUGCUGCGUUGAAGGUCAAGGCGUCAUAGUGGAGAUACCCUUUCAGAGGAAGUGGGUUUGCCCUUGCCUGUAUGGUGAAUAAAUGAAAACAACCUGUGAUCAUGCUUUAAAGCCUACAGUAACAUUGUAGGACUGCUCCACAUGCUUGAAGACCUGAGGUUUUUUUUCUUCCCCUUUUUCUCUCCCGCCCCCCCCUUCUUCUCCCCACUCCUUUUCUUAAAUACUGGCACAUACUAGGAGCAGCCUUACUAACUAAUCUACAGUCAUGUGUGUCAAAACACUCAAACCACAUUGUAAGAGAGGAAUGGCUUCCUCCUACGAUUUGGAAAUUUGCACAUGCUCAUUGCUUACAUUGUGCGGUUCAGUGUCACUACAGCUUUUUCUCAUUUAUGCUGGACUGUUGUUACCCCCUCUUUUCUUUGUGGUCCGCACAAUAAGGAGCAAAGGAAAGCUUUGACAAAAAAAAAAGACAAAAAAAAAAGCAACAGACUUUGACAAAUGCACUGACUUUUUUUUUAAUUUAAUGUAGCCUGGACUUUACCUGCAUAUGCACAUGCUCAGAAUUGUCCUAGUAGGCUGAUCAUGUAUCACCUCUUCAGCUUGGAUCCUAUUGUGGAUUUAUUUACAAACAUCAAAUGCCUUCAAGCCAAUCCUUCUUGCUGUAUGUUUUGCAGGCUACUGUAGUAGAUAAGCAACAGAUGUGGGGCUGGGGUGGGCGGGUGGAGAGUUAAUAGGAAGAAACUAAUAGACUUCAUCAAGAUUGUAUAUCUUCUUGAUUACUUUUAAGAAUUUGUUGCCUUUCUACUAUAAACCACAAAGCAGCAUUUUGUUACAGACUGCCUAAAAAUCACUUAAUCUCAGGUGAACUCAUCACUUGCCAAACUGUUGGAAUUGCUAUUUGUUUUGUUAAGUUGCACUGUUACUACUUCCUUUUUCUUUCUUUUUUUGGUGUGGGUUUUGUUUUUGUUUUUGUUGUGUGUUCUGUUUUUGUUCUUUAAUCAAGAUGGGGAUCUGGAAUAGGGACAUACACAAAAGUUAGAAAACCCACCCUCAUUCCUAUUUCUCUUUCUGAACCAAGAAAAAAGAUGUUGAAGUUGUGAAGCUUUAAAAAAUAAUGACACAGAUGAAAGCAACACCAGCAAGUACCAGCUCAGCCCCAAGAGUUUUAAAAGGAAAUAGUCAUACACUGUCUAGGGUUCAUAGACAGCUCGGUAUCUCAAGUAGUAGGGAUGGGAAGGGAAAGUAAAUUUAUUUUUAUAUAUAGUUAUCUAAUCACCAAAAAUUCUGUAUGUAAUGAGUCUCUAGUAGAAAGUAUAUUUCAAACUGCAGGAAAAGCUUGGACUAUGCUAAGAGCUCAGUUUGUGCACUUUGUAUUAUCUUCAGGGUUUAUGAUACUGUAAGAAUAGUAAGGCUAGAAGUAUAAUUAAGCUGGGCAAGUUCAGUGUUAACCAGCCAUACUCAGAAAUGAGUUAGCUAGAAUUGCUUCCCUUUCUUUUUCUGUGGUACUCUCAAGAAAAAAAGGAUUUUUGCUGUAUUCAUUCACAAUGCAAGAAAUCAUAGGGAAGGAGAACUUGCCCUUGAGUGUGCCCGAGGAAGAAGAGAGUGCCAUGGAGGCAUUAGAUGUGCAACACAAAUAAUACCAGCACUUAAGCACUAGAGAUUUACAACAAAAGUCAACUUUCCUUUUCAGAAGUUGUGUAACACAGACCGCUGACAAAGGGAUGGGCUUCUGCUCUUGACUAUUUAAAAAAAUCAAGGUGUCAUCUGUCAAAGUAGCUCUCUCCUUGCGCAAUAAAACAGCUCAGAAAGGAGAGGGGAGGCUGGUGUUGCUGUGUGGUGCUCAUUCUUAAAAACCUCUGCCUUGUUUUUUAAGACUUCAUAAAUGCAACAAAAUAGGCUUUUCCAUAAGUGGCCUUCAUGAGAACAUGAAUGACAGUUCAUGUUUCAAAAUUGACAACAGGGUGAUAAAAUACAAAUGAGUCGCGUUUUAAGUGAUUCAGUUAAAAAGGCUUUGGGCUUUGACUAAGCGUGUUGGGCGAGAAGGAAAUUGGGUAAUGUCUUGCAUGUUACUAGGCCAAUUUUGUGAAUGUCCCCUUCUUCUGUCCUCUUCAGCCAGACAGUUUAAAAGCUGAUGGGAUUGUUGGCAUCAAAGGGCAUUUGGUGGUUUUACUUUUUGGUUUUUUGUUACUUUAACAGACUAGGGAACAAUUGCUGAUAUAGAUAGCAUUAAAGUACUUGCCACAGUAUAAUGGAAGAUUGAAUAGGAAGCAGGAUUGACCAAUAUCAGAGUAAUUGACAUGGCAUCACAGCCUUUGUGAUAAGAGUGAAAGAUUUUGUAAGCUUAUAAAAUCAAGACUUUUCAGUUCAAAUUACAUUUUAGUUAUUCAGAGGCAUUACUCUUGCACAAGUAUUGGUCAGUUCUCAGUGUUACAAAACAUGAGGUUCAUAGUUGUAGCCCAGUAUUUGAUAGAGAAUUCUGAUCUGAGAACUAGGAAAAAAUAAAUAAAAUCCAAACAUUAGAGAAACAAAGUGCAAUAUUAAAUGUUUGCUUUAUAGAUUA